AUGUACCUCUCCUCGCCACGCUUAGGGCACGAUUCGGAUGACGACCCCCGCCUCGACCGGGACCCAUCACGCCGGCACCUCACUGUUGCGAUCCUCCCCGUCGUGGGGGUGCUCGCCCUUGCUCCGGGGCCUAUCUUGCUGGACAUGAAUGGAGUGCGGACUGCGGCGACUCGCGGGCGACAGGCGCGCGACGGCCGGAUCCUCCCCUCGCCGGCGCUCCGGCCGGCCCUCCGGCAGGCUCGGCCCCCUCGCCCCGGCCUCCUCGCGGUGCCCCCAUGGGGACCCCCGCCCCCGCCUUUGGUGCUCGCCUCCGCCCCCUGUAUCGACCUCCUCGACCGCGAGCCUUGGGCUGAUUGGGCGGCAGAGGAGGACCUGUCCGACGCGGCUGCGGCUGCGGCGGGUCUCCUUCCGCGAGGCCGCCGUUUUGGUGAUCGCCUGGCUGAGCUCGUCUCUGCUAUGGAGACCGCUCAGCAAGCGGUGUGAUCGGGACUUCAUCGACAGGAUCAUCUCGGCCUUACGCACCACCGGAGGAGCAUUGGCGCCACCGCUCCCGCCUCCACCACAUGAGCCGGACUAGUUAGACUAUGAUCCAUAUUUUGGGGUUGUUUGGCUAUGCCCCGAGCGCUCUGCUCUAUGUUGUACUUCUGUUAUGCCCUUGUGGUAACCUUUUUUUCGUUUCCUUGGCUGGACCUUUUGUUGGUCGCGAUUGUCGGAUAUUGUUGUGGUGGUUGCUUUAUAAUCUAAAGCGGGGGGAAACCCUA